AUGCCCGACGAAACGUACGGAAGCUAUCAGAAUGAGAUUUACGGAAAAGGUUCCCUCAUGGGCAUCCUGCCCAGUGUGACCACGGAUCCCCGAUUACUCGAGGGACAGGCGCGCAAGGCUCUUGGCGAGCGAUCGUUCAACUAUGUCGCUGGAGGCGCGGGUGAGAAGGCGACCAUGGAUAGCAAUCGACUGGCCUUUCGACAAUGGAAAUUGUUGCCUCGAAUGCUACGCAGUAUGGACCACCAAGAUGUUUCCGUCAAGCUGUUUGGUCAGACAUACAACAACCCUCUAGUGAUGGCUCCUGUUGGCGUGCAGGGAAUCUUCCACGAAGACAAAGAGACAGGGUUGGCAGAGGUUUGCGAAGAGAUUGGUGUACCUUACAUCAUGAGCACAGCCGCGACUAGCACCAUUGAAGAAGUCGCUGCAGCCAGCAAUAAUGGUCACCGAUGGUAUCAAUUGUAUUGGCCUCAUGACGACGAGAUCACCCUGUCGCUGUUGCAACGGGCCAAAGCGGCCGGCUUCACAGUACUAGUCGUCACACUCGAUACCUGGAGUCUCGGAUGGAGACCUGCAGAUCUCGACAAGGGUUACGUACCUUUCAUCAAGGGAGUCGGAUGCCAAGUUGGCUUUAGCGAUCCCGUCUUCAGGAAGAAAUUCGAAGACAAUCAAGGCUGCAAGAUCGAAGAAGACAUCGUGGGUGCCUCACAGGCUUGGCUCAAUCAGAUCGCGGCAGGAGGCGCGCAUACUUGGGAAGAACUGGCCCUCUUACGCAAGAAUUGGGAUGGGCCGAUCGUGUUGAAGGGGAUUCAACACGUCGAGGAUGCGAAGAAGGCGCUGGAGUACGGCUGCAACGGAAUUGUGGUAUCAAACCAUGGUGGCCGUCAAGUGGAUGGUGCGAUUGGAUCUCUGGAUGUUCUACCAGAGAUUGUUGACGCGGUUGGUGAGCAAAUGACGGUGCUGUUCGAUUCGGGGGUUCGAACGGGUGUAGAUAUCAUCAAAGCACUCGCGUUGGGCGCCAAAGCGGUCCUGGUAGGCCGGCCUGUGAUUUACGGGUUUGGCAUUGGUGGACGUGACGGUGCAAAGCAGGUCCUGAAGGGUCUUCUCGCCGAUCUCUGGCAAAGCAUGGGCCUGGCCGGGAUUCGCACGGUGGCCGACUGCGACCGAACGGUGAUCCGUAGGGUACAACACGGAGGCGAUGUCAAGGCGAUGCUUUAG